UGCCAAGAGCCUGCGAUGAGCUGGCGCGUCUCAGCGAGCUCACGCGUCCAGUACAGCGCGGUGGACAGCAACCCCCUGUCUCUGUACGUCAUGCAUCCCUUCUGGAACACCAUAGUGAAGAUCUUCCCUACCUGGCUGGCCCCAAAUCUGAUAACGUUUUCUGGCUUCCUGCUGCUUGUCUUCAACUUCUUCCUCAUGGCAUACUUCGACCCUGACUUUUAUGCUUCUGCUCCUGACCACCAGCACGUUCCAAACGGAGUGUGGGUCAUCGUGGGUCUCCUCAACUUCAUUGCCUAUACGUUAGACGGCGUUGAUGGGAAACAGGCUCGCCGGACCAACUCCAGCACGCCCCUGGGAGAGCUCUUUGAUCACGGCCUGGACAGCUGGGCGUGCGUGUACUUCGUCGUGACAGUUUACUCCACCUUUGGACGGGGCUCCACGGGUGUCAGUGUCUUCGUUCUCUACCUCCUCUUAUGGGUGGUCUUGUUUUCAUUCAUCCUCUCCCACUGGGAGAAGUACAACACGGGGAUUCUCUUCCUGCCCUGGGGAUAUGACAUCAGCCAGGUGACCAUUUCCAUCGUCUACAUAGUGACGGCCAUUGUGGGAGUUGAGGCCUGGUAUGCACCUUUCCUGUUUAAUUUCUUAUAUAGAGACCUAUUCACUACAAUGAUUAUUGCUUGUGCCCUCACCGUGACGCUGCCGAUGAGCCUGUACAACUUCUACAAGGCCUAUAAAAAUAACACCUUGAAGCACCACUCUCUGUACGAAAUCAUGCUGCCACUGGUGUCCCCAGUGCUGCUCUUUGUGCUUUGCACCACGUGGAUCUUCGUGUCGCCCAUGGACAUCCUGGAGGUCCACCCCAGGCUCUUCUAUUUCAUGGUUGGAACAGCCUUUGCGAACAUCUCCUGCCAGCUGAUCGUCUGCCAGAUGAGCAGCACACGCUGCCAGCCUCUGAACUGGAUGCUGCUCCCCAUAGCGCUGGUGCUCUUCGUGGUGGUGUCCGGCGUCGCGCCCAACAGUGAGACUCUCCUCCUCUACUUGUUAACCGCCUUCCUCACCCUGGCGCACAUCCACUACGGCGUGGUCGUGGUGAGCCAGCUGAGCAGGCACUUCAAUAUACGACCCUUCUCGCUAAAGAAGCCCACGCCGGAUUGACUAGGAGUGGAGGAAGAGAAAAUCAGCGUGCGGUCUGCAGAAGUACUGUAAAUAACUGCUGCAAAUACCUGUAAAUACUUCAACCAUCACCACGGAUCUAAACCUAUCCUCUGGACAGACAUCAGGGCAAAGUUUGCGCGGUAUCUGGUGCGGCCAGGUUGGGACUGGUACGGGACAGCCUCUGCUGCUGUUCAGCGAACACAAGCCUACGGUUUUGGGUGAAACUGGAUGAGGAGGGUCGCCUUUCAGGUCACUGUUACUGUAUUUUAGACCAGCUGAAUGUUCCCAGUAAAACCUCAAACCCCAGCGCUUGCUCAGGUAAAGCUGGUUGGGGAUGCAGAUGGCUUUACCUGAGCAAAGCACCUUGACCCAUCACCAGAACCAACGUAGCAGCUGAUUUCUGCGAGGUCAAGGGAACAUCCUGGUGGCCAAGCGUUCCUGUCUGUCCCUAAUCCUGUCAGCCCUUCUCCCGGGCCGGUACUUAAGGAGCAAAUGGUGACAGUUCUCCCACGUCCUGUCCUGCCUUCCUGCACUCAUUCGUCUGGGCAAACACUUGCACCUUUUUGUAAAGCAGAAGUAAACACACAGAUCUUGCAGUAAUAUUCUACCUGGGGAGGGGGGGGCUUAGGAAUCAGGGCUCAAUUUCAUGUAGAAGCGGGAAGGCAGCUUCCCCAGCCCCUGCCCGAGCGCCGGGCACCUGGGACCACAUCUCAACGUUCCCUGCCUGCGAGCCGGCAGUGAAACGUGGCUCACACCAGCCUCUGUAACACGGAGCCAAACUCCCCCCUUCCUGCUGGUAUGAACCUGCUGUUCCAGGCCGGCUCUGCUGGGUCGCCGCGUGCUGCCCGAGCCUCGUCUUCUGCAGCCGGGCUCAGCCUGCGCAUCGCCCUUCCCGCCAGGCCACCGGCAGCAGCAGAUCCGCAGCUUGGAGAAGCACCUUAAUAACGUUGUGUUGGUUGCGUGUGCACUUUCAGAAAGCUCACAGGCGUGCGGGGGGGGGGGGUCCUUCCCAAACGCCACUUUGUUUUCAGAACCGCUGUCCCCGGCGGCUGCGUGUCUCAUCCAGGGAUAUAUUUGUGUACUGUCCAUUUGUAAAAGGUGUUGGCAUUGAUUUAUUUUUUUAAACAUUUCUGUAAUUGAGUUAAUUGAGUGGGGUGGUGAAGACUGAAUGCUGAUUUUCUUUUCUGUUCACUUCUAUUUAAUGAAGACCUGUGCUUGAAUGAAGAGUGUAGCCUAAACCCAGGUCCUGGAAAGGCUGCAUCCGGAAGUGGACAAGCACAGCAGGUUGUGCAUGUAAUUACCAUGGGAACAAAGGCUCUUACACACUGAUCACUGUGGGUCAUGGAAGCUUGGUCACGGCGUUUUCCUUCCGCAGGUGAAGCCUCCUCCUCCUGCUUUAGGAAACCUUCAAGCUGUAACUACUAUUUAAUGAUUUUUUUGUUUGUUUGCUUUUUUUUUGUGGAUUUGAAUCAUUGUCAUGCAGACUGAGACUUGAAAUCCUGAGGCAGCUCGCAGUGUUCGCUGCUCUGUGCGGUGCCGUGGGUGGAAUCGGGGUUGCUCGGUCACGGUACGUCCUGCGUGGGGUCGGCUGCGGCGUUUGUCUGGGCUGGCACCACCGGAGGGCUCGGCUGCUUGUGUCUGUUGGUGUGUCUGUACAGCCACGUGUCUGCGAACCAUGUCUUAUCCGGGAGAGGGGGCAAAUGGUCUUCAGAAUUUAUUUAAUAAAGUAGCUUACUCUAUAUAUUUUACUGACGUUGUACAGAGAAAAAAAAACUAAGUGUACAAAGGAA